CACGCCGACACGGUGACAAAAAGGGUAGUUAGCGUAUGGGUUUUAACACGACAGUUUUUGUUCAUUGACAUGCUCUGUUCAAUUCAGUGAUGAAAUCAAUUCUCUUGAAUGCUAAUUGCAUUUUCUAAUUUAGAGGGGAGACUAUAAUCGAAUUGAAUCGAGUGGUUGUAGGUAAAUAAAUGGGGAACGAUGAUAAGACAAAGAGAGUGGUUUUCGUGACAGUUGGGACAACAUGUUUCGAUGCUCUCGUGAGAGCCGUGGAUUCCGACAACGUUAAACAAGCCUUGUUUGAAAAAGGCUACACCCACCUUCUCAUCCAAAUGGGUCGUGGAUCCUAUCUUCCCACUAAGUCUGAAGGAGAUGAUGGCUUGUUGGCUGUAGACUACUUCACUUUUUCAUCCAGUAUUGCAGACCAUCUCAGAUCUGCGUCUCUCAUCAUUAGCCAUGCAGGGUCAGGUAGCAUAUUUGAGACAUUGCGACUAGGCAAACCUUUAAUUGUGGUUGUAAAUGAAGAUUUGAUGGAUAAUCAUCAAAGUGAGCUAGCAGAGGAACUUGCUGAUAGAAAACAUCUGUAUUGUGCUAGUCCUCAAACACUCCAUCAAACUAUAGGAGAUAUGGAUUUAAGUUCUCUCCUUCCUUACUCCCCAGGUGAUGCUACACCUGUGGCCAAGCAUAUAAACAGAUUCCUUGGUUUUCCUGAUGAUUGAUCUAAAAUCUCUUUUUAUCUUUAAAUGUCUUUGAGGGAUGAUAAUUUUGGUAUUAUUCAGAUGCCCUUAAUAUUUUUAGUUUUAAUGAUGAAUUGAUGAUCAUAUAUCGAUGCAAGCAAUUUAUAAGUGAUACUUUACCACAGAUAGAUACAUAUAUACACACAUUGUACAUUCAAAUUGCGUGCUUAAUGUUUAGCGAGUGAGAUUGGCAAUAUGUCAAAUUAAACAUCA